GUUUCAUAUUGUGAUCACUUUACAAGGAAUAUGUCUAUGCAAUCUUCGCAGUAUUAUGGUCCUAUCAGUUUGAAGGGGGAGAGAGCCCUCAUCACUGGAGCUACAGCUGGCAUUGGCCAAGCUACAGCUAGACGCCUUGCAGAACUCGGUUGCGAGCUCUAUCUGUUGGGGCGUAGAACUGAUAGAUUGGAUGCCUUAAAGGAGGAGUUGGAGGGCCAAUUCCCAAGUGUGAAGGUACAUUGUAUACCUUUCGAUGUGAAGAACAGCAAGGCUAUUGAGGGACUACCUCAAAAGAUCGGGCAACCUAUUGACAUUUUAGUCAACAACGCUGGAUAUGCAGCUGGAGUUCCUAAGGCCUGGGAGGCUGAUGUUGAUGACAUACGAAGCAUGUUUGAAGUUAACGUCAUUGGUUAUAUGGCCAUGAUUAAGGCAUUCGUACCAGGGAUGUUGAAGGCUGGUAAGGGCCACAUCUUAAAUGUCAGCUCAGUGGCUGGCCGCGAGCCAUACACUGGUGGAUCAAUCUACAACGGGACCAAGUUCGCAGUUACUGGUUAUUCAAUGGCCGCUCGAAUGGAUCUUGUUGAUACACCUAUUCGUGUCACCUGCGUGUCACCAGGUCUAGUUGAGACGGAGUUCUCAAUAGUCCGCUUGGAUAACAAGGAAGCAGCUGAUGCAGUGUAUGAAGGAGUUAUCCCCCUUAAUGCUAAUGAUAUCGCUGAUAAUAUCGUCUAUGCCCUUACUCGACCUAGACAUGUUCAGAUAGCUGAUAUCAUAACCUAUUGUACCAAUCAGGCACGAGCCAACAUGGUGGCUAGAGUUGGCAACGACUUUGGUGGUGCUAGGUCUUCCUAAGCCUCAUUUUCGUGAAUACUCCAUAAGG